GUCGAGCAUACGAAAGCCAAUCUGAAAGAGGAAGUUACUGGUAAAGUUGUGAUUGCGCAUUGCCGGUGAGCUCCUCCAACUCGCCGAAUCUUUGUAAAUAAACACUUUCAUUGAGCCGUGGUGUUGUAUAUAGAUGAAAAAGCUGUUUUUAGACGAAGAUGGUAGAGCGGGAGGACAGUUCACCUCUGCAGGCUUUCGAGAAGGACGCGCUGGAUCUUACAGUUGAAGAUGUCUACGAUAUUUCGUACGUGAUCGGCAGGGAUCUGUUAAAAGUGAACACGGGUGGUCGGGAAUUAUCAGAUUUACAGUUUAAGAUCGUCCGUGUGCUGGAGAUGUUUGAGAUGAUGGUGAACAAGUUUAACCUGUCUCUGGAGGAGCUGAGAAUGGAGAGAGAUAAUCUGAAGAGAGAGCUUGAUAGUGUUACAUCUGAGGGAUCAACUACUAGUCAGGAGCACAUUGGUCCAAACAAGCUUAUUGUGGACUUGAAGGACCCGAACCGACCGCGCUUUACCAUGCAGGAGUUAAAGGAGGUUCUUCAAGAGAGGAACCAGCUUAAAGCUCAGCUAAUGGUGGCCCAAGAGGAACUUCAGCUGUAUAAGAGUGGAGUCCUGAGCUCAGAACAAAACAUGGUGGAAAUAAACCUGGACGCCCCUUCACCUUCAGAACCCUCACCAACGAACACUGUAGAGGACAACAAGGAGAAGAGCACAAUUCAGAAACUAUUCUCAUUUCGACAAAAAUAGCCUGUUGGCCACACCAAAUGUAAAAGCGGCACUGAAGAAGUCUAUAAAGCCAGCACCUCCUGUCGAGUGUGAAGUUAAGGCACAGAACUUAAACUAUCAACUCGAUCCUCAGUUUAAUAAAAUAUAGAUCAUGGUUCAAGUAAAACACAGAAGACCAGAUAGUCAACAAACACACAGUGGUCUGAAAUAUCUUAUUCAGGUAGGGUUUGAACCUGUGCCGCCCAUCGUGUUGUGACUUUGACAGUGUUUUUGUUGUUCACCCAGUUUAUUUCUACACGGAAAUUAAUAAUUUUUAAGUGGAAGAUUAUUCAGAAGCAGGACUACCUAAAUCGAUAUUUCAUGUCCACAUUUAUACCUGGCAGCACGUGAGCAGGUUAUUUCAUGGUACUGUCAUGCAUUGGGGUAUUGCUUUUACUUUAUAUUCAAAGUUUAAUUUCAGUGUUUUAAUUGUAUGUUAGCUGUAUAUUGAAAGCAAUGGUGUAAAAAUUAUUGCACUAAAUAUCUGGUAUAUGAAGUGAUCAUAUGGUGAGUGUAUAACCUCUAAAUGUGUAUUAACUAAACUAAAUUUUUAAGGACCACUUGGCCCUCACAGUUUGCUAUAUCCUUUAAUGAACUUUUUCAACAACACCAUGUUAUUGUAUUUUAACAAGCAAUCAGUUUGUGAAUCAAUGAUGAUUUGUAUUCAUUUCUUCAAGUAUUGUAUUAAAGUUUUUCUUUUAGAUGUA